AGUGAAGAAAAAAUCUAUGAAUGUCCAGACUACCGAACAUCAGGUCCCAAUUCCUGCUACUUUGAUCAAAACCACACUGAUCCCUGGACAACAUAUAUUAUCACUGUAAUGGCAACAAAUGAGAUUGGAAGUAACAGCUCAGAUCCUCAGUAUGUGGAUAUAACCUCCAUAGUUCAGCCAGAUGCUCCUGUGAACCUCUCUCUAGAAACAAAAACAUCUGCUAGCAUAACAUACCUUUGGGCAAAAUGGUCUCCACCUCCGUUAGCUGAUGUCAGCUCUAAUUCACAUGUAUAUCACUAUGAGCUACGCGUAAAACCUGAGGAAAAGGAAGAGUGGGAGACAAUAUCUGUUGGAGUGCAGACACACUACAAAAUGACUGGAUUACAAGCUGGGGUGAAGUAUGUUAUUCAGGUCCGUUGCAUGUUGGACCCUGGAGAAUGGAGUGAGUGGAGCUCUGAAAGAUGCAUUCGGAUCCCCAGUGGAGAGUCACCUCCUGAAAAACCUACAAUAAUAAAGUGCCGUUCUCCUGAAAAAGAAACAUUUACUUGCUGGUGGAAACCCGGUUCAGAUGGAGGGCAUCCUGCUAACCACACUUUGCUUUACAGCAAAGAAGGAGAAGAAAAAGUUUAUGAAUGUCCAGAUUACAAAACUGCAGGCCCCAAUUCAUGCUACUUUGAUAAAAAGCACACCUCUUUCUGGACCAUAUACAAUAUUACUGUGAGGGCAACUAAUGAAAUAGGAAGUAAUGUCUCUGAUCCUCAUUAUGUGGAUGUGACUUACAUAGUACAGCCAGAUCCUCCUGUGAAUGUAACUCUGGAAUUAAAAAAGUCAAUAAAUAGAAAACCAUAUCUGGUCCUGACAUGGUCUCCACCCCCACUAGCUGAUGUCAGAUCUGGAUGGCUUACUCUUGAAUAUGAAUUACGACUAAAGCCUGAAGAAGGAGAAGAAUGGGAGACUAUUUUUGUUGGACAGCAAACACAAUAUAAAAUGUUUAGUUUAAAUCCUGGAAAGAGAUACAUUGUACAGAUUCACUGCAAACCAGACCACCAUGGAUCAUGGAGUGAGUGGAGCCCGGAAAAGUAUAUUCAGAUCCCUACUGACUUUAGAGUAAAAGAUAUGGUUGUGUGGAUCAUCGUUGGUGUCCUGUCAUCUCUUAUAUGUUUAAUCAUGAGCUGGACAAUGGUUUUGAAAGGGUACAGAAUGAUGGCCUUUAUCCUACCACCAGUUCCAGGACCAAAGAUAAAAGGCAUAGAUACGCAUCUCUUAGAGACAGGAAAAUCAGAAGAAUUAUUGAGUGCUCUUGGUUGCCAUGGUUUCCCUCCAACAUCAGACUGUGAGGAACUACUGAUAGAAUAUCUGGAGGUAGAGGACAGUGAGGAUCAGCAGCUCAUGCCAAGCCAUGACACUCCUAGUAAAAACACAAAAAUGAUACCCAAGGAAACAGACAGUGACUCAGGCAGAGGAAGCUGUGAUAGCCCUUCUCUGCUUUCUGAUAAGUGCAGGGAGUCCCGUGCCCUUCCAUCAGCACUUCAAACACAAGAUGUAAGAGUUGUUCAAGAAAAUAAAGGAGGAAAAAGGAGCUGGGAAACUCGGUAUAUAGCCUCAGAGCAGAAAACACUCCUUUUUAACCAUGACAGCACAAAGUCAUCCACAUGGCCUGCAGCUCAGAUACCUAAUAAUCAGCCUCCUAUGUUUGCCUACCACAGUACUAUGGAGGCACACAAGAUAACACUGAGUACCACAAAUGUGAACAUUUCACCAGUUUUGGUGGGAAAUGAAGAAAAGCAUCCCAUCACCGAAACUGUCCAUGACGACAUGGAAAAACAAAGAGAGAUGGAGAAUUCCAAAACAGACCAAAUCACAGUGCAGGUCAAACAAAACAGACAUAAUGACAAGUCACCUUUCUUGAAUCCUAAAUUAAUGGACUAUGUAGAAGUUCAUAAAGUCAGACAAGAUGAGGACUCAACAGUAUUACUGAAACAUAAAGAAAAUACUGGAAAGACCGAAAAAUACACUGUUCCGGGAACCAGCAAAGAAUACACCAAGGUCUCAACAGUUGUGGACCAUAAUAUUCUAGUAUUAAUGCCAGAUUCACGUAUCCAGCACACACCUGUAUCUCAAGAACCUGCAAUGGAAACAUCUCAGAACCUUCAGCAAGGUCAAGCUGAGAAAAAUAUGAGCUACUGCCUGACAGUUCCAAGUGACUGCAGAAGAGUUACGAGUGGAUCAGAGUACAUGGACCCAUCUUCCUUUAUGCCCUCCUUUAAAUAACCAGUUAGUACAGAACAUACUGAAUAGUUA